AUGGCGGCCUCCACGGGAAGGGUGAUCUGGGCCUCGGUGGCCAGACAUGUGAGCUCCAUCCCUCGGGGCAUGUCCAUCUCUGCGGCCCUAAGGCCAGCUGCUUCCGGAAGAAAGAGCUUGACUAACUGGUGGUCUCGUUCCCCUCAAGCAAAAUGUACCUUCAGCACCAGUUCCUCCUUCCUGGCCCCUGCCGUCACCCAGCAUGCCCCCUAUUUCAAGGGCACAGCCGUGGUCAAUGGAGAGUUCAAAGACCUGAGCCUUGAUGACUUUAAGGGGAAGUACUUGGUGCUUUUCUUCUACCCCUUGGACUUCACCUUUGUGUGUCCCACAGAAAUUGUUGCGUUUAGUGACAAGGCCAACGAAUUUCACGAUGUGAACUGUGAGGUUGUGGCCGUAUCUGUGGAUUCCCACUUCAGCCAUCUGGCCUGGAUAAAUACAUCUAGGAAGAACGGUGGGUUGGGCCACAUGAACAUCCCACUCCUGUCAGACUUAACGAAGCAAAUCUCCCGAGACUAUGGUGUGCUGUUGGAAGGCCCUGGUAUUGCACUAAGAGGUCUCUUCAUCAUCGACCCUAAUGGUGUCAUCAAGCACAUGAGUGUCAAUGACCUCCCGGUGGGCCGCAGUGUGGAGGAGACCCUCCGCUUGGUGAAGGCAUUCCAGUUUGUGGAGGCCCAUGGCGAAGUCUGCCCGGCCAACUGGACGCCUGAUUCUCCUACAAUCAAGCCAAGCCCAACUGCUUCUAAAGAAUAUUUUGAAAAAGUCAAUGAGUAA